AACUUUUUUCAUUUCGAGCGACGGAGUAAAUGCAUCGCAUGCUCUCGUGGACCUCAGAACCAAAAGAAAAUUGGAGGGAAAACCCAACCCUGAGAGAGAGAGGACUUUAAGCGAGGAGCGGGAGGGUAAUGAAGCACCACUCGGAAAAAUGGCGAGAAGGAGGCGACUGAGAUUGCAGGUCUCUUCAGACGAAGAAGAAGAAGAAGAAGAAGAAGAAGCAGUCGAUGGCAUUGAAACCCCAAUUCGUUCAAAUCCCCAACCACCACCCCAAGCACAGAGCAGUGCCUUUGAAAUUUCAGACGAUGAAUACAUGGACGUCGAACAAUCACUCUCCGCCCCCUCUCCUCCUCUUCAAGAUGAUCUAAACCAGAAUUUCACCGGAAUCCAGUUAAAUUCUGGCGAUUAUCCUGGCCAAAAUCAAAAUUUCAUUGGAACCCAUUUCGAUUCCGGUGAUUUUUCUGGCCAAAAUCAAAAUUUCAUUGGAACCCAUUUCGAUUCCCGUGAUUUUUCUGGCCAAAAUCAAAAUUUCACUGCCGUAGAAUCAAAUUCCGUCCCUUUCUCUGGCCAAAAUCGAGAUACCGGAAUUCAUUCGAGUCCUGGUGAGUUUUCCGGCCGUUCUGGUUCAGUGGAUGUGGUUUUUAGGGGAAUGGGGCUCCAGCUCAAGAGAGAGUGGCUGGAGUCUUGUUUUGAGGGUUUAAUGGCUUCUCAAAUAGGGUUUUCUCAGAAGAGUAGUCUCGAGCAGGCCGAGCUUUACUUCGCUCAGUUCCUUGUGGCUGAUAUGAAUGAUGUUGGUAAUGGUGUGCUUCCCUCUAAUGUCAAUGCCAUGCAUGGCACAGAGAUUGCUGGCCCUUUUAUUUUGCAGGUUGAUGAAACAGUUAACAUUAGUUCUCCUCUUAAAGACAGGUAUAAGGAAGUUGCUGCUGGUCCUAAGAGGUGCCUUAAAUUAUCAAUGACAGAUGGUGUACAACGUAUAUUUGGUAUCGAAUAUCGCCCUAUUAAAGAGCUUAUGGUUCUUGCUCCAGCUGGUUUAAAGAUUGCAAUUUGUAAUGUACACGUACGACGAGGGCUUCUAAUUCUGGUGCCUGAAGUAAUUGAAGUUCUAGGAGGAUUUGUUGACCAUCUGGAGGCAGCACGCCAGAGGCUUGUUGAGGAAGUAAAUAAGCCACCGAGAGGUCAAAGAUCCCGUAGAGGAGAGGAAGCUCCUUCUUUGUCUUCCAGAGCUCGUCGUGCUGCUUGGCCGCCCAAUACUUUGAACGAUCAAUCUGCACCAAGCACUAGGGCAGCACCUGAUAUAAAUCUUCCUCUCUCCUCAGCUCAAGUUUCUCCAUCAGCUGCACCGGUUCGGGUCGCCCGUCAAAGAACAAUUGAAGAGUUCACCACUCCAAACACUAGGACAAAUGAGAGAAGUCACCUGUCAACAUCAGCUACCCCAGAUGGUGUUGCCUACGAGAGAAGCCAGCAAGAUUUCUCCAACCGUGAAAGUGUAAGGGAAGGUCUCAGCACCUCUGCUAGAUUGAAUCAAGGAACUAAUAAUACAAUACCAGCUACACCUCAUGUGAUUGUUCAUGAAAGAACAAUGGAAGAAUCUGCCAACCCUAGUUGGAUGAAUCAAGAACCUAAUCAUUCGACAUUGGCAACACUUGGAGGGCUUGUACAUGAAAGAGUAAUGGAAGAAUCUGCAAAUCCAACUAGGCUGAAUGAGGGAACUAAUCAAUCUACAUUGGCAACCCCUAGAGGGCUUGUUCAUGAAAGAGUAAUGGAAGAAUCUGCCAACCCAAGUAGGCUGGGUAACAGAAUUGCUCAACCUGCAUCUUCUACACCUAGAGUGGCUGUUCAUGAAAGAACAGUGGAAAAAAAUACCAACCCAAUUAUGCUGAAUCAGGGAAUUAAUCAACCUAUGGCAGCUUCAUCUAGAGUUGCUGUCCAUGAGAGCAGAAUAGAAGAAUCUACCAACCCAAUUAGGCCAAGUCAGGGAACUAAUCAAUCUACAUCCGCAAUACCUGGAGGGGUUGCCAAUGAAGUUGUACUGGAAGAAUAUACGUACACAAGUAGGUUUAAUCAGGGAACUAUUCAAUCUACAGCAACAACUAGAGGGGUUGUCCAUGAAGUUAUAAUAGAAAAAUCGACGAACCCAAGUAGGUUGCCUCCGGGAACUAAUCAAUCUACAUCACUAACACCUAGAGGGGUUGUUCACGAAGUUCUAAUGGAAAAUUCAAGAAAUCCCAGUAGUACAAUAUUGGAUGAGGCCAGCAACCCAUCCUUAAAUUCUCCCUCAAGUGAUACGUCGAUGACCGAUGCUGAUGCAGUUGAGCACCCGAUCAUUCUCAGCGGAGAUAAAGAGAUGCCCUUCACUUAUAUGGCUUGUUUGUUGGCAAAGUGGACCACGAUGAAGGACAAUGUAUCAAGUACUCGAGGCAAAAUCAAGUGCUUCUUGACCGGUGUGAAAGGAUUUCAAUUCAAGGGUAGGAGUAAGUUCGAGCUCCAUGCUUAUAUCGAUGAUGGAAGUCUCAUCUCUGAGGUCCUCAUCGAUCACCAUGUUGUGCAAAGUGGAAUAGGCCACUCCCCUGAGGAGGUGACUGCCUCACUUUCAUCUUCAAACAAAGAAAAAGUAGCUCUUAUGAAGGAGACCCUGAAGCAAUUCCAGCUUUUCUUGGCGAAAUUUGAGGGAAUAAUACUUGUGGAAGUACGCCGAGACUCGCCUCCGGUGGUGCUAGAGAUGAACCGGGGAUGCCCAUCAUCAGAUGCAUGGCUACUGCUUGGAAGACUUAAAUUAUUCACUAAUCCUCAAACCACACUCCAUCGGAUUCCCGACCCUAUCUACAUUUCCCCAUAACGUCCCCAUAACUCACCAGCCUCAAACCACACGCCAUCGGAUUCCUGAUCCCAUCGACAUUUCCCCAUAACGUCCCCAUAACACACCAGUAAGCUAGUGAAGAGAGAGAGAGAGAGGAGAGAGAGAGUUGAGUAAUUUGAACUAUCUUUUAUUCAUUUGAGAAUCAUACAGAGUGCCUUGUACAUUCUUUGACAGAUAUUACACUAAUUUACAUGAAACAAAGUUCAGGAAAACUCUCUCUACGGAC